UAAACACGCACACGAAAACAAAAGAAACACUUUACGUUUUCCCGGCGAGUUUUCAAGCCACCGAAGUUUUUGUCUUUCUUCUGAAUUUUGCUGAGAAAUUUCUUCAACUCCGAGAAAUCUCAAUAGGUUUUUUCUCUAAACUCGCAGUUACUCUGUUUUUCGCUGUUGCUGUUGUUUCGAUCAAUGGUGUUUUCUGGUGAAGAAGAAGAGAGUGGUGCUGUUAUGGGUAAUGGUUCCGGUGAAGGUGAAAGAUUGAAGCAUCCUCUUCACAACUUCCAUUUUCCUUAUUUGAAGUGGGGGAAUCAGCGUUCUCUCCGGUGUCAGAAGAAUCCUGAAAACGGUGACGAUCCGUCGAUGGUGUCACCGCCGGAGAAUAGGAUGAACAGACUGAGAAUUGAUGGUGGUGAUGAUGGGAUCGAUGCUAUGCGUGAAAGGUUGAUGUUUGAUCUGAAGGUUGAAGCUGGUAGGAUGAAAGAUGCGAUUUUGAAGAAGGAGAAAGAGAAUGGUGCUGGAGAAGGAUCGUUGGUGGCUGCGGCGGGAGAGAAGGUGUGGAAUUUGAGAAGGAGGAGAGGUGUUGCUGGAGAGAAUGAAAAGGAGUUGAAAAUUGAUGAGAAAAAACCUAUCGGUUCGUCGCCGUUAAGGAAUGGUAACGGCGUUGGUAAGUUAAGAGGUGGUGGUUCUCCUGAGAAGAAGGUGAAAUUUUCUUUGUCAUUGAUGAAGAAGGAGAUUGAAGAAGAUUUCAUCACGAUGACUGGUCAAAAGCCUCAUAGAAGGCCCAAAAAGAGACCUAGAAAUGUUCAGAAGCAAAUGGAUACCCUUUUUCCUGGUAUGUGGUUGUCUGAGAUUAAUGCCGAUUCUUAUAAGGUUCCUGAUGACGUUCCUGACAAUAAUGGCAAGAAGAGGUAGAAGAAACAAUGAGAAUGGCAACUUGGAAGGCCUAUGUUAACUGACUGCUAGGAGUGAUAACAGCUUAGAAUACAUCUGACUAUUAUGUGGGAUUUGAUUUGGUUUUUGUUUUUCCUAGUAGUUUAGUUGAUUUGUGUCUUUUGAUGCUUUCAAUGUUGAUUUUGGUUCCAUAGGGAAUAGUCCAUUCUUUUGUUUAUAAGAAUAAUUCUCUUAGGGGAGGGAUGGCAGUUUCUAUUUCUACAAUGCUUUCAUCAAGCGUUUACAAAGCUGCUAUAAUAAUAAUAAUAAUAAUAUUGAUAAUUUUAAACUUUGGUUUCAAUUA